ACUAAUUGUUACAUUUCUGCCAGCAAUUGCGUAGUUAAACCAAAUUGUUCGGGUGUUUUUGUUCCAGCUGAUCUAAACGAUUAAAAUAUUUGGUCCAAGUUUAGCCUUGUUGUGUAUUUCUGAGAGAGAGGAGAGAUCCAGUUAGUCCGUAGCUACAUGCCUUGAAAUGCUUAUUUGUGCUCGAAAACUCUGAAAUAUUCUCAUCUGUGUGUAAUAUUUGUGUGUACUUAAUUCGUUUGCCAAAUUUUCUAUUCAUUGACACAGAUAUCUCCAUUCAUCAUCCCAUUCCAUAACAUAAAAGGGCAAAAGAUAUAUCACAGCAUGUAAAUAGCUGAGUUACAAGUGUUUUGUCAGAAACAAAGUUUAAAAACGUUGAUCGUGAUGCAAUUGUCGAACAGAGGUCGUGUGACGCUACACUAGUGGCGCCACCACUAAGGUUUCUGACAUCCCUGAAGGAAAAACAGUAUAGUCUGUCUUCUGCGUUCGUCAGUAAGCGUGUGUCCAUUUCUCAUCGCUGCCCUGUUAGAUUCUCUUAUGUGGGAAAACCAGUUUCCUGAAACAGCUAUGGCAGGAGUGGAAACACAGCCACUGGAUAUACAGAAAGAAAAAAUCGAACAACCAGACUCAAAGAAACACUACCAAAAGAAGAGAAAUAAGUCGGGGCGAGAGCGCAGCAGAGAUAAGAAAGAGGUCUCUGGCACAAACGACAGUGGGAAAGUUCAAAAGAAAGGUGUCAGAGGGAGAAAAAGGAAAGAAGCCAGAGAGGUAGCAGCUGUGGACAGAGUGAAGGCCAAAGCAGUGUGCCACGCUGGCAAGGUAGAAGGCAAGACGGCGACACGAGUGGGAAAAGACAAAGGGCGGGUCAAGACCAAGGCGCUCAAGCAGAAAUCCACCCAGUGCUGCAGGACAGCAAAGGGCAGGCGGGCCGCCGCCUGUGGCAGGAAGAGCCGGACUCGGGGAGCCACGAAGAGCCGCAGAGGUUCUUCGCACAGUGAUAGCUGUUCAACUUGUUCAGAGGACAGUUGGUCCGACAGCGACAGCGACUGUGACUGUUGCAGUGACAGCGAAAGUCAUUCUGAUAGCUGCAGCACUUGCAGUGACUACGACAGUGGUACUGAUGAAAGUGACACUACGUGCUCAUGUUCAGACUGCUGCAGCGAACAGGACUGGACUCCUGAAAACAGCCCAUUGAAGCCAAAGAAGAUAUGACUGAAACAUGUGAAACAAAAUUUAAAGCUUCGCUGCAAUUUCUAAAUUUUACAGCUGAAACUUCAUGUAUGUUUUCUUGUAUCAAUGUGAUCUAAAGUUUAUUCGUGUUUUAAAUUUGUCUUGCACUGUGUAUAUUAAUUAUAAAAUUUUAAUAUCUACAACGAAAUUUAACCCUGCAUGCUUUUAGAAAUGUAAAUUGGAAGUAAUGUCCAGCAAGUUUUCUGAUGUAGUUUAGUUCAUUUAUACCCCCUUCCAUGAGUUAAGCUUUCUAAAUGAACUAUGUAAAUGCUUUGUUUUUGAAUUAAAUUACUUUCACACCUAAUUUUACUUUCAUAAA